UGCAGGACCCUCUCGUGGAGCCGCUUCCUUGGCCAGGACUAACCGAAAGUAAAUUGAAAUUGCAGCACACGUUCUCGGCUCUGGGCCAGUGCACAUCCAUUGAGCCGGCCAGAUGCAGAUGAAGAUAGCCCCGGCGUGAGCACACACACAUCGGGAGAAGGGAAAAGAUAUAGCCACACAGUAGAGCUAUACGGAAACAGCUACGGAUACAUCGUAUAUUUCUCAGCCAAAUGUAUGCCGGCCGGGCGACACAAUUUGCCAAAACCAUCAGCAGCAUGGCGUGCAGCAUACAGAAGCAACCUCAGGCGCCGCAGUCGGUGGAUCCUGGUUCCAGUGCAGCAGGAGUGGAACGAGUGGGUGGCGGAGGAGGUGGAGGAGGAGGUGGCCCCAGUGGAGCUGGCACCGUUCCCUCCACACCGAAAACCACCAAGGCCGCCCAACCGAGGGGCUCCCUGCCCACAGACGUCAACCAGCCGCCGUUGGAAUUCCAAUGGCCACCGCCCGUUCCCGUUUCGAUACACACGAGCAACUUGCGCCUGAACAUGAUGAACCAGGAUCCCAAGGACCUCCACACGGCGAGGGCCAUCAUCGAGGAGCUGCGCUCCAAGGUGCGCUUCCAGACGGAGCACAUCAUGAAGUGGCGCAAGGCGUACGCCAUGCAGGUCCAGCAGCACUACCGGUAUCAGAAGGAGAAGUCGGACCAGAUGAACUCGCUCACCUCGCAGCUGCUGCUCCUAGAAUCCCGGCUGAAGCGGAAGCAAAAGCAGAUCGCCAGUUUGCUGAACCACCGGGAGCUGACCAUCCAGCGACAGCAGAAGAUCAUCGACACCCUGUCCUCGCGCCUGGUGGACCACGGCCUGGAGACGAUCGAGGCCAGCUAUGCCAACGAACUGGACUCCCUGAACGACUCCGAUUCGGCGGUGGUGCUGGAGGACAUCGACUCGGACAGCCCCAUGACCUUGGGAACGCGUCGGAAGAGCAGUGGAGCAGGAGGAUUGGGCGGGGUCCUGGGCAGCGAUGGCAUCACCAUAGUGCGCUCCAUUUCCGAUGCCAUCGAGACGAAUCACAACAAGUACGGAGCAGCCAGGCGGAACAACUGCUUCCUGCGGCGGCCUGAUAUCCUGGAAACGGUAUACUCCGUCGAGGAAGACCCCGAACCAACCACGGAUGUGGCCGAGAAGCGGGACAAGUUCAAGAACCGCUCGGACAAGGCGCUCAGCUCCAGCUCGACCGAGGGCCAGAUAGAUGCCGCCAGUCCCUCGGCCGCCGACAAAGCCAAAGAGUCGUCGCCCGUCGACGGCGGAUCCACCAUUCCACGGCGCCAACUGGGAGUGCUCAAAAGGUCGCCCAGCCACGAUUCACCCUGCACCACGCUCAGUGUGAAGGUGCCCCAGCUGCAGCCACCGUCUCCUCCGCCGCCAUCGGGAGGACAGGAGCCGCUCAACGGAAAGAACCAGGUAACCAACUACAACCGCGUUAUGCUAAACCAUCGGUCUGUGACGAAGCCCAAGGACGUCAAGUACAAGCGGAUCAACAAGGCCAAGUCCAAGAGUCUGGAGGAGCUGAGGGGGCGUCUCAAGAACCUGGUGGAGCAGCGGCCCCCGGGUCUGGAUGGCGGAUACUCCGGCGGCAUGAUGCCGCAGACGGCGCAGUCGUAUGCGUGACAUUUGCAGCAGCCGGACGGAGACUCCCAGAGGUCAACGGGGGAGGGGGAGGAGGCGAAAGGUCAGACGGAGGCUCCUCGUUCGCGAAGGGAGAGCGCGGAGCCAAUAACCUCGGCCUCCACCUCGACCUUAGCCCAACAAGAGCCGCAGGCGGGCAGACAUGGCUUUCCCAAGAGGUCGCUGACCCUGCCGCGCAUCCUGGUGCCCCGCCAAUCGACGGCGGGACUGGCCAGCUCCAGCGGCGGGGGCGGUGGCGGCGGUGGGCGUGGCGGCUUCUAGCAAUUAAAGAAAUUUUUCAUACGCAAUUGUGAUAAAAAGUAAAACAUAUUCUUCCUCCGUCUCUGUGCUGUCGUCUACUUGAGUUGCUUUAACAUGAUUCUCUUUUGUAACAUUUGUUUCCUUGACAUUCAUCCUGAGCUUAGUUUGGUAAACUUUGCAUUUACUUAAGUUUAGUUUUAGUUUUACAAACGGAACUGCAUUUUGACUUAACACUAAACAUAAUUUCACCAGCAAAUAAAUCUUAUUUUAAAAUUAUUUCUGUCUAUGAUUUCCUACACUCAACAAAAAGCGUAUGAAAAAUUUCGCCAGCAUGUGGUUAAGACCGUAAGUCAAAGAUUUACAUAUGAACGGAAAGUGUACUCGAGGACAAUAUUUCCAAAUCCCAGAAGUUGAAUGGUGAGUAGCUCCAGUCAGUCCCAGAAAUGUGGGUGAAAAUAGGCUAGAAAGGAUAUUAUAAAAAUUUACUCAAGGUAUUACUAACUAGCAGAUAAGAAGAGGAAACCUAAAUAUAUAAAUGUUAAUUGUUCGUAUUACAUUUUCCGCGACAUUUAAGAGCUUCUCUGAACUACUCUGUACACAUACAAAGCAUUCAAGCAUUUCGGCAUGCUUUCGAAAACUAUACAACCAAAUACAUUAGAUCGUAUUUCUCUAUCGAUAUUCGACCUAGUUGUAAGCUCUACUCCAUGGACUGUCUUCUAGAUAACAGAAUUUACAAUUGAUCAUAAAUAUAUAUGAGUAUAUUUUCUUACUAACUAUUACUAGCUAUUUUUAAAAUAUUUAAUAACUUUAAUUAGCAUAAGUGAAUAAAAAACACAUUUUAUUUUUGCAUUUUAUGGAGAUUAUUUUGUAACUUGUUAUCGACUAUUGGGGUCUCAAUGGACCCCAGUGUCCUAAAUGUCAGAUGUACCUUGAAAACUUGUAAAAUUAUCAUAUAGAUAAAAACAGCAUAAAUAUUAGGAAAUGAGUUAGAAUCUACUUUGGUGUGAACUUUGACAAUGGCUGCUAUCAGGUCUCAAUUAUGAAGAAUACAAAUAUUUGAAAGCCAAAUCAGUACAAUGCUUGGACAGCUGCAACACAGAAAAGCUAUAUACUCGAAAAUACAUAUAUCAAGUAAUAUCAAUGUGCAACUCGGUGUUUCAGUGAAUGUCCUAUAGCAACAAUGUGUACCUACAUACGUGUGUUAUUUCGAAAUGCAGAUUAAAGUGGCUAAACUAGCAUUCUUCCAGGAUCUAGCUAUAAGAAUAUGCAUACGUAAUGUUAAUAAGAUCCAUAGCAACAGAUAUA